ACACCCCCUUUUCUAGCUUCCUUCGCUAUCGUCUCUGCCCUCCCCUUUACACAUUUAUUAUUUCAUAUGGCUGUUGCAGAGAAAAGAGUACGCGGCUCUCGCGGAAAGAAGAACAAGAGCGACAAGGAUCAGGACAAGUCUAACCAGCACGAUUCCAAUCCCGGAAAGUCUUUCCAACGCUCACACCAGACCACCUACGACCGCAGCGCUGAAGGCGGCGAGGAGAGCAGCCGUCCUCCUCGUCCCGAUCGAAGGGAAGCCAUUGAUGCUGCUGCUAUAUUUGGUUUUAUUGACCCUGAUGUCCAACAAUACUUCAAGGGUGUCGAGCAGACCCUUGAUGAGCUUAACUUUGACACUGCAGAAGAACAACAGCUUUUCCUUGAGAAUGUGUACACUGAAGUCCAAGGAAAGGAGCUAGUCCUGGCGACGGAACAUUCUUGUUCGCUUGUUUUGGAAAAAUUGCUAAGGGCCUCCAACGACUUUCAGCUUCGAGUAUUUUUUGACAAGUUCAACGGAAACUUCUUGAAACUCUUUACUCACCGUUUUGCCUCUCAUGUGUGUCAGACUCUGAUCACCCUUUGCGCCGAUGCUGUCGAAAGAGAGGUUAAGAGCAACGAGCUCAAGACCAAGGAGGAGCGCGAAGUGCCUCAGGAAGAUGGCGUUUUGCUCAGUGCUGAGGACAUGAUCUUGAAUAUGUGCAACCAAACCCAGGUGGAAUUUACUGCUCUGAUCUCGGACCCUUUUGCCUCUCAUAUCAUCCGUGUCAUUCUCUAUGUGCUGGCAGGACGAACGGUUGCCGAUGAUGGAACUGGAAAGGGCAAUGUCAGGAGUAAGAAGUCCGCCAAAUACAACGAUGCCAAUAACAGCAAGACAAACACUGGCAACUUCAGACCUACUCGCCUUGUCCCACCCUCAUUCAAGGACAUGUUGCGCACUAUUACCUCGACCAUGAUGAACGGGCUCAGUGAUUCGGUCGUGCGUUCGUUAGCUGUACACCAGGUCGCCAAUCCGGUUCUGCAAUUGCUGUUGGAGGUCCUCGUCAAGGACGACGAAUCUGCCAAGGAUGCGCUUGUGGACAAGCUGCUGAUGGAUAUCACACGGGAAGAGGCGCCAGGACACAAGAACAACGACCGCGAUGCUUAUGUCGAGACACUACUCCGAGACCAGGUCGGCUCUCACCUACUGGAGAAGAUUGUACAGGUCGCCUCUCCAGCCCUCUUCCAAAAAUUUUAUACAUCAUACUUCCGUGGUCGUCUCGUCAAACUGUCGUUCCACCCAAUUGCCAAUUAUGUCAUUCAGCAGUUUUUUGUCCAUGCCAAGACGCCUAUUCAGCUCGAGAUGAUGGUUACCGAGGUUUUGCCUGAGUUUGAGAACUUUUUGAAGUUUGGCCGUCCAGGUGUGAUCCGUGCAGUCGUCGAAGCCUGCAAGAACGUCGGAGCGUGUCACAAGGAGGUCAUCAAGGGUCUUUGCAACGCCUUCCACACCCAAGCAUCCAUCGAGCGCAAGGAGUUCAUGCAUGUUGUUUUGAACAUGGAGACAUACGAGGCUUUGAUAGAGCGUAGGGAGCAACAGGAAUCAACUAAGCCCAAGUUCCAUCCUCAGGGCGCCGUCAUCCUACAGCUCUUGCUGCAGUACCCCGAAGAGCACUCCAAGAUCGUGGUUGACAGUUAUUUCGCCCAGAAGGAAGAGUUAAUGUACGCAUGGACCAUGGACCCGGUCGGAUCGCACGUCAUCGAGGCCUUCUUGACCUCACCUACAUUGAAUUUGAAGGUUAAGAGGAAGAUCCUGAAGUCGUUCCUGGGCAAGUACCACUCGAUGGCUUUGGAUCGUUAUGGUGGCCAUACCGUCGACAAGUGUUGGGCUGUCUCGGAUAUUGAGAUGAAGGAGAAAAUUGCAACAGAGCUUUUGGAGCACGAGCAUGCAUUGUCACAAAGCUUCCACGGAAAGUUCAUCCUCCGCAACUGCAAGAUCGACCAGUUCAAGCGCAAGAAGGAGGAGUGGGUUGAGCGUGAGAAGGGUAUUGAGCGCAAGAAGGACAUGUUCAAGGAUAUUCUCGGUGACGCAGUCCUCGCGACCUCCCAUGGCAAGCAGAAGGCGGCGGGCGAUACCUCAAAUGCUGAACUUCCUGCUCCAAAUCCCAAGAUGGCUGAGCUCGGCUUUGGAGGCGGUAUUGCUGGUGUCAAGACUGUGACCGAAAAGAAGAAGAAGAAGAAGUCCAAGAAGAGCUCCGAAGAUCCUGACAAGGUAAGCAGGCCUAAGAUUGGAAGGCUUUAUACUUUGGAGUUUUAAUGCGUGUCAGUUGUGCUGAUUGUCCUUUUUUCGCUCUUGACUAUAGAUGUUGAUCAAGGACGCGGAUGAAGAAAACCAGGUCAAAGAAAAGUACAAGUCGGACGAAAUUGACAAGCUGUUCAAGAAGAGAUCGCAUAGCGAGAAUGCCACACCCAUGGGCAAGAGUGCUGACGAGGAUGUGGAGAUGGCUUCGGCAUCAGAAAGCGAGGCUGAGGAACCAGAAGAGGAGGAGGAACCCAAAAAGAAGAAAAAGAAGGUUUCUAAGGAUCUAGAGUCAGUUCUGGAUGCGAUUGAUGCGACCAAGAAGAAGAAGUCCAAGAAGUCCAAAUCCGAGAACAAUGAGGACAAGAAGAAGAAGAGCAGCAAGAAGGACAAGGACAGCAAGAAGCGCAAGUUCAUGUCAUAAAAGGAAUUGAGUGCUCGUUUUUUGUUUUAUUUUUUUCACUCCAAUUGUACCAUAAUGCAUAUCCUCAUCCACUUGAAAAUAAAAAGUAAUAUAC